AUGACGGACUACAGCAAGCUGAAGGUGGCCGAGCUCAAGGAGCUGGUCAAAGAACGCGGGAUUGUCGCGCCGGGCCUGAAGUUGAAGCAACAAUUCAUCGAUGCCCUCACCGCGGCCGACGAUGGAACUACUGGGGAGGAGGCUGAGACGGAGCAGGCUCAGGACGAGAUGGUGGUGGACGGUGGAGAAGCGGCAGGAAACGUAGAGACACAGGAGGAGGUCAAGGAAGUGCAGGCAGCGGCAAAGGUUGAAGAAGCAGACACCGCGGCAGUGGAAAACGGCAACGGUACGGCCGUGGAAGAAGUGGACGAUUCCAAGCCUGAAGGUGAUGCGCCAGUAGAUGACAAGGCGGAUGAGCCUAUGAACGACGUGCCAGAAACCGAUCACAAGCAGGAACAGGAACAGGAACCGGAACCAGAGGCAGAAGCAGAUGCUGAAAGCAACAAGCGGAAACGUCGAAGUCCAACGCCGCCAUUGCGCGAGGAGAGUGUCAGCAAGAAGAUCAAGACAGCACAGGACGAGCCUGCAAUGCCCGACACCAGCAGAGACGACAUGGACGUUGAGAAAGAUGAAGGUGCGGAAGACGCACGCACAAAGACGCUCUCUUCUCAACCAACAGAAGACGCAUUCAUGUCAGAUGUGACCUCGACCGCACCUUCGCAGCACUCCGCCACCCGCGCACUCUACGUCAGGAAUCUGGUUCGGCCGCUUCAGCCAAACGUUCUCCGUGAACAUCUGCUCGCAGUCGCCUCGCCGCCAAGCUCAGACAUUGAUGCCUCCACUGUUGAAGAGUUCCACCUCGAUAAGCUGCGGAGUCAUGCCCUGGUCCUGUUCUCCUCCAUUUCCGCCGCCUCUCGCGCCAGAUCGGCCCUGCACGAUCAAGUCUGGCCUCCAGAGCCUAUGCGGAAACCCCUCUUCGCAGACUUUUUCCCAGAUGAAAAGUUCCAAGAAUGGGUCGACUUGGAGACCAGCCGCGAGAGAGACAACCUUAGAUGGGAGGUCACCUAUACUCCUGCCACAACGGAAGACGGCAGCCACACGGUUACCGCUUCUCUACAGGAAGUGUCUGCGACUCGUCAGCCAACACAUAAUCAAAUGCGGAAUGAUGGGCCGACACCAACCGGUCCACGCGCCUCACUCGCGGGCGAAGGCAUGCCAAAUGCUCCGAGCGGACCCAGAACCGCUCCGACACCACAACCUCAAAUCCCAGAACCAACUCAGAGUAAAUCAUUUACGACGCUCGAUGCGAGCUAUAAGUUCUCAGAGACCAAGCCGAAACUUUACUGGCAGCCUGUGGACCCGGAGCUAGUUGCGAAGCGUCUGGAAGAGCUUGAGAGAGGAACUUCUGAAGCUUGGGAUGGCAACAUGGCAACUGGAGAGUUGCGCCGGUAUACAUUCGAAGACGGUGACAAGAUCGUCGACGGAGGCGUAGACUGGGGUAAAUUUGGCGGUGGAGGUCAUCAUGCAGGACCACCCCCACGCCGAGGAGGUGGAAGGGACUUUGGCGGGCGCGGACGCAGAGGUGGCGGUGGUGGCUAUCGCGGUGGAGGUGGAUAUGGCGGUGGAGGCGGCGGAGGUUACCGGGGCGAUACAUACAGAGGGGGAGGUGCCCCUGCAAGGUGGUAG